AUGUCGACUUAUAAAACCAAGACCUUCACUCUCUUCAUAGCAGCAACACUACUCUCGUCCUGCAACGCAGCCACAAACGCAAACGCUACAACGCAACCGCUAUUUCCCGCGAUUCUAAUCUUCGGCGAUUCAACGGUUGAUACAGGGAACAACAACUACCACUCACAAACGAUCUUCAAAGCUAAACAUCUUCCUUAUGGAAUUGAUCUCCCAGACCACAAAGCUAGUGGAAGAUUCACAAACGGCAAAAUCUUCUCCGACAUAAUCGCGACAAAACUCAACAUCAAACAGUUUGUUCCUCCUUUCUUACAACCGAAUCUCCCCGACCAAGAUAUUGUAACCGGAGUCUGUUUUGCAUCAGCUGGUGCGGGUUACGAUGACCGCACCAGUCUCUCUACCAAAGCGAUCCCCGUCUCGGAACAACCAAAGAUGUUCAAGAAUUACAUUGCUCGUCUCAAAAGUAUCGUGGGAGACAAGAAAGCUAUGGAGAUCGUAAACAAUGCUUUGGUGAUUAUAAGUGCUGGUCCUAACGAUUUUAUCUUGAAUUAUUACGAUAUUCCUACAAGGCGUCUUGAUUUUCCUAACAUUUCUAGUUACCAAGACUUUGUUCUUAAGAAGCUUGACAAUUUCGUGCAGGAGCUUUACAGUUUAGGCUGCCGAAACUUUUUGGUCGGAGGUUUACCACCAAUGGGUUGUUUACCGAUUCAAAUGACUGCUAAGUUCCGAAACGGUAUAAGGUUCUGCUUGGAACAAGAGAACCGAGACUCUGUCUUGUACAAUCAGAAACUUCAGAAGCUAUUACCUCAGAUCGAAGCAUCUAAUAAUGGAAGCAAGAUCCUUUACUCAAAUGUUUAUGACCCUAUGAUGGACAUGAUGCAAAACCCUAGUAAAUAUGGUAUACAUACAAUCUCUUCCUUGUUCACCAAGUUAGCUUAG